CCCGCCCAACGCUGGACGACGGUGGCGAUGGCAGCUGCAGCCCGUCACCGUCAGGCGCCUCGUUCCCUCAAGUCCGCGUCGUCGGUCUCGACGAAUAAUCCGCCUCCCCCAAAGCCGACAUCCCAGCAGUCCACUUCUCUCGCGAAGCGGCUCUUGUUUCCGAAUCUGCCCCUUGGUGCAGAUCUACCGCCUCUGCUUGCGACGCCUUCGACGCCUGAACUCAAUGCUGAACUGUACGAUUUCAUAGCACUUGCCCUGCGUGCAUUUGUGAACCCUUGGUGGACGAAGAUCACGCGCUAUGACAAGGAAUUUGUCGUCGAAGUCAACCGCAUACUCACUGUUGUCAUUCGAGUGCUAGAGGAACGGCUGAUCAACGCCGAUUUGUCGCCUUUGGUGUUUGGUGACAUACCCACUCUGGUGAUGCAGCACUACAAGGACUACCGGAAUGCCGCUGCAAAGGUGUCAACGUCCUAUGCAACAGGAGGAUCUGCAUCCCUUCCGCAGCUGUUCCACCAGCUGCAACCCCACAUGGCCAUAACGGCUGAGGGAACGAUACACGAGGACUAUGUGCGCCAGGCUAUUGACCAUAUUCUCAAAGCGUGUCUGCCGCCCGAAGAUUAUGAGCCAGAUACCGAACGCUACAUCAUCCGCGAGAUUAUCCUGAAGGUGCUGCUGGGCAGCGUUGCACCUAGGGUCACGCAGCCAUGGUUUAUUUACAAGCUCAUCCUGGACCAACUGGGACCCGCGCAAGUAGCUGCUCCUGUGUCAGAGCCUGCAGAUUCCACACCCUCACAGCCGUUGUUUUCCCUCCAAUCACUCACUUUCCAGUCCCUCGUCGUCUUCUUUCUUUCCGCUGUCCAGUCCAUAUCAACGUUCUGCCUGGCGCUCAUCAACGCAUACAAACAUCUCAUGCUCACCAUCAAGCUCGUGAAUCAGUCAGCGCCUACUCAGCUUCGCGCCCAAACCAUCCCCGACGCCGCCAGUAAUAUGCCCCCCUCGCCUUCGCCUGGUUCAACGCCCAAAUCGGAAGAUAAAGUCAUACUGGGUGAACCUUCCGACCCGUCAUCGCAAACUCCCGCACAUUUCCACCCGAGCUACGCGGAUGGACCGCUGGCCAUGGUGGCAGAACUGCUAAACAUGCGCGAUCGGUUCACGUCGUCUACGGCGAUAGGCAUGAUAGAAUGGGUUGCCGCAGCUUCCAACCCCUUUCUGGACAAGUUCCUGCCGUACAUGCUAUACAAGCACGCGCUCUCGAGUGCCCAGAUCACGAACAUAGUCCGAAUUGCGAAGAACACGCUGUUCCCUAAUGGGUACCCUGCACCUCCACCUAUCGACCCUACGCCGGAGGAACAAAUACUCAUUCGCCAAAAUCUGGAGAAGCGGAUUUUAGAGAAGGUCCCAGCUGCUGCGUUACCUCUUCUUGGCGUGACGCCGGAGAUCCGCGCGGAGACAGUCAGGUCUCUCCUCGACCCACUCUCCUCGGCAGCGUGCAACGCCCAUCUCUUCCUGUUCGUCCUCGACCUCAUACUGCUCGCCAUUUUCCCUGAGAUGGCCGUAGCCGCUGCCUUGGGCGGCGACACGUAUACUACUGGAGGCACGACAGAUGGAGAGGGGAAUAAUGGGGGCGGGGAGGGUUUAGGGCUAGGUACGCUGAGUCGGACGACGUCGAUUACGCCCCCCGGAUCCGCACCGCUGUGA